AUGUUCGUAGAAGACAGACCGCUCUCGACGUUCCGCCCGACGUCGGGCUGGCUCUUGCCCAGUCCACCAUCACCACCACCGCCGCAACCGCAAGCUGGUGCUGCUGCUAGGAAGCGGCCUCCGAUCAGUAGCAGUAACCAGGAGCCGAGGAGCCAGAGGCUGCCACUGAAUAAGAGUUCGGAGUCUUCUUCCUCGCUCAGUGGACUGGAGCGCCCGGUGCCGUCUUUCCAGAGUUUUAUCCAGAAAACGCCGUCUGUGGAAUUGUAUAAGCCGCUUCCUCCGACGCCGCCGCCGCCACGGAAGCGAUCAGAGGGCUCGCUGGGGGGUGUUGACCGACGCGCUAGUAGUGUGUAUAGUCGUACGUCGAGCCAGUCUGGACGUUCAAGCUCGCGAGAUCAGUUAUACGAGGGAGAGAAUGACUAUGCGAUGGUUUUCCGACCGGUUUCGUACAGUACGGGCUCGUCGGGGUCACUCAACAACAAGAAAGAAGACAGCGAAGAGCAAGAAGAAGAAGAAGAACAAGAAGAACAGGAAGAAAGGCCGGCUGCCGCAGAUCUUCUAGACCCACGAGCGUUCUCACCACUCCUCGCGAGCCCGUCGCCGAUUCGGAGUGCUCCUGUGCCCACGAAUCCUCCUCCACUGGAAGCCCAGACUUCUGCUUGGUCGAUUUCGGCUCCUACGGCAGAGACUCCCGUCCGGUCGAGAGUGCCGACGGUAUCUCUAGAGCAAGCACAGCGAUCCCUCAGAGCGCCCGGUGCUGUACACCUCCUGCCUGAGGAACUCCGUGCGCAGAGGCUGGGCUCGUCGCAGGGGAGUUUGCGAAUGCAGAGUAUGGAGAUCUUCAAUGCAGGAGCCAAAGCACCCGCGUCGCCGAAUUUGCCGAAAUUGCUGGAUGUUCCGGAGCAAGGAGAUCGAGGAGCAUCGGGGACGGCGGAUUUUGCGAAGAAGAAGAAGAAGAAGAAGAAAGUGAAUCCGGCGUAUGGGAAUGCUUUUCAUGUGGGCGAGGGGCCCGUUCGGGAAAUGACGCCGUGCGCGCAGAAUGAGAGUGAUACUGAUGAGCCGAGGGGACGUACGAUGCAGAGGAGAUCUCAAGAAGUCGAAGCGUAUCAGCUCUCGGCGGAGAGGUACACACCCAUUGUCAAUUCGACGUCGAUUGUUGUCACGGAUUACAGUCCUGCUUCUUCGAGCGGACCGUAUCGUCAAGCUUCUUCCCCUUCGCCGGCAGGUUACAGCACGGACGACAGUGUCACGACACACCUGAAAAUGGUGCCGCAGCCGCUCUUUCAGGGGAAACAGCCGCCUUUGCAUGCCAGGACAAUGUCAGCCGCGACGACUCGUGGUAGCGAGACGGGGUCUUCUGUCUCGCCGUUUAGUGUUCAGCAUCAGAGAGUCAGGAGCAACGAGAGCACGACUUCUUCCCGGCGUUCUUCUUCUGGUUUCGGUUUGCGGCUUUCGGUUGAGCCCCCGACGGAUACAACGGGACGGUCGAGUAAUCAUAGCUCGACGGGUGUGAUUCCCAUCUCGCCUCCGACGGAUCAUUGCGCAGAGACUUUCAAGCGAUUGAAACCGCCCAAGAUUGAUGAGGGCAGUAGGGGGAAAUCGUCUACUUCCAAGCGACGGGAAAAGAGCCAGAGUCACUUCUACCCGCACAUUAUGGCACGAAACGGGUCGAAACCAAAGAAAGGCAAAGGCUCCAAUGCGAGUGCCAAUCCACCUCCUCUUCCUACUUCCGGGAAACCUCUCCUGCCGGCGGAAGUUGUCGCUCAGGUAUUGAAGACUCCACCCGAGAGUUCUCCUCAGUCGCCGCUGGUCAGUCAUCCGAUCUCUCCGACGAUCACUACCGGAUCUUCGAGUCGUGGGAGUUCGGUAAAGGCAGCGCGGAAACAUGGUGGACUCUUGGUCAGGAUUGCGAACAGAGCGAGGAGGAGAUCUUCGCAACAGCAACGAGACUCGUCACCGCCUCGUACAUCACCGGAUUCUCGUCCGCGUCUUUUCCCAAGCCCCUCUUCUAAGUCGAAAAUGCCCCUGACCUCCUACCUGGGCUGGUCUGACGUUUCCAAGCGAGAUUUCGACGAGGCACAUUCUGCCGCUGCUUCGAAUCAUGAGAUCCGCCCUACACAUAUUACUGCGCCGGCGAAGCCCUUGGAGACCGGCAAAGGGGAGCAGGAGCCGGAGAGUCCUUCUGCUGCGACGACGGGGAGAAGGCCGAGUUUGUUUGUAAGUGUGUUGGAUGGCUGGAGGGAGAGCAAAGCGCAGAAGAGAAGGGAGGAUCUGAAGAAGAUGAUUCGGGUUGUUGCGCCGACAGACAAAGGGAUGGGGAAGGAAGAGGAGAAGGUGACGACUUCCGGUAGUGCUGGGAGCGAUAGCCCUGGGCUUCUGGGGAGGAGGUUCAGUUCUUAUGGAUGGAUGUAG